AUGGUGGGCAAAUUCAAAACAGGCCCCGGCGGUUACACCCACCUCCUCGUCGCCGUCGACAACUUCACGAAGUGGGCGGAAGAAAAACCCAAAAAGAAGUGUGACGGCAAAAUGGAGACGAAGUUCCUGCGGGAACUAAUAUACCGCUAUGUCUACCCGCACAGCAUCAUCACUGACAACGGCACUAACUUCACCAAAGGAAAAAUGGCCUACUUCUACGAGGAGAACGGAAUCCGACUUGACCUCGCCUCAGUCAUGCACCCUGAGUCGAACGAGCAAGUAGAAAGGGCCAACCAGAGCAUCCUCCAUGGAAUCAAACGGCGACUGGAGGUUCCCCUUGAACGCACCGCCGGAUGCUGGGGGGAAGAACUAUCCUUAGUACUCUGGGGCAUACGCACGACUCCAAAUAGGUCAACGGGCUACACGCCCUUCUUCCUAGUUUACGGAGCGGAAGCCGUCAUGCCCACGAACAUCCACCACGAAUCGCCACACGUCGUGAACUACUCAGAGAAAGAAAACGAGCUCGCCCGUCAGGACGGAGUCGACCUCAUUGACGAGGACAGAGAACUGGACCUCUCCAGAACAGCCAUAUACUAG